AUGACAAUAUUGAUCUCAAAUAGCUCUAUCUCUAGUAGCUCCAGAAGUUCAAGUAUCUCGGUCUUCAGUAGUAUAAACAGUUCAAGAAACCUUCCUUCUAUCAGUCCAAGCUCUAUAGGUAGCUUAGAGUGUAGUUCAAGUUCAGAAAGAAAGAACAUUUCCAGCCUUUUACCUCCUUCCUCCUCUUCAAGUGCCAUCACAAGUUCGAUAUCAGGCAUUUCCAGUUGUAGUUCAAGUUAUUCAGUUCUUCCAUGCUCCAGUAGCUCAAAUAGCUCUAUCUCUAGUAGCUCCAGAAGCUCAAGUAUCUCAGUCUUCAGUAGUUUAGGUUGUUCAAGCAUCAAUCCUUCUAUCCGUCCAAGCUCUAUCAGCAGCUUAGAGUGUAGUUCGAGCUUAGAAUCAAGUAGCAUAUCCAGCAUUUUACCUCCUUCCUUCUCUUCAAGUGCCAUUACAAGUUCAGCUUCAAGCAUUUCCAGUUUUAGUUCAAGUUAUUCAAUUCUUCCGUGCUCCAGUAGCUCAAAAAGCUCUAUCUCUAGUAGCUCCAGAAGCUCAAGUAUCUCAGUCUUCAGUAGUAUAAGUAGUUCAAGCACCACUCCUUCUAUCAAACCAAGCUCUAUCAACAGCUUAGAGAGUAGUUCAAGCUCAGAAAGAAGUAGCAUUUCCAGUAUUCUACCUCCUUCCUUCCCUUCAAGUGCCAUCACAAGCUCAGCUUCAGGCAUUUCCAGUUGUAGUUCAAGUUACUCAGUUCUUCCAUGCUCCAGUAGCUCAAAUAGCUCUAUCUCUAGUAGCUCCAGAAGCUCAAGUAUCUCAGUCUUCAGUAGUAUAAGUUCAAGCCUCAUUCCAUCCAUCAGUCCAAGCUCUAUCAGCAGCUUAGAGAGCAUAGAAUCAAGUAACAUUUCCAGUAGUUUACCUCCUUCCUCCCCUUCAAGUGCCGUCACAAGUUCAGCAUCAGGCAUUUCCAGUUGUAGUUCAAGUUCCUCAGUUCUUCCUUGCUCCAGUAGCUCAAACAGCUCUAUCUCUAGUAGCUCCAGAAGCUCAAGUAUCUCAGUCUUCAGUAGUAUAAAUAGUUCAAGCAGCCUCCCUUCUAUCACUCCAAGCUCUAUCGGUAGCUUAGAGAGUAGCUCGAGUUCAGAAAGAAGUAGCAUUUCCAGCAUUUUACCUCCUUCCUCCCCUUCAAGUGCCAUCGCAAGUUCGAUAUCAGGCAUUUCCAGUUGUAGUUCAAGUUAUUCAGUUCUUCCAUGCUCCAGUAGCUCAAAUAGCUCUAUCUCGAGUAGCUCCAGAAGUUCAAGUAUAUCAGUCUUCAGUAGUAUAAGUUCAAGCAUCAUUCCAUCCAUCAAUCCAAGCUCUAUCAGCAGCUUAGAGAGUAGUUUAGGCUCAGAAUCAAGAAGCAGUUCUCUUUCUUCAAUUGGCAUCAGAAGACUAAUUUCAAGUGAAUCAAGUAUUAGCCUUAGCUGUAGCGGUCUAUCAGAGUCUAGAAGCAUAAGUAUCUCAAGCUACAGUUGUUCAAGCAGCCAAAGUUUCUGUAGUUCCAGUAGUUUGAGUUUAAUAAGUUCUCAGUAUUCAAGCUGUGUCAGUUCAGGGAAGCUGAAGUCAAGCUCAAGCAGCAGAUCCAGCCUUCCAUCCCUGUCUUGUUCUUCAAGUGUCAGCAUAAAAAGUCUUCCUUCAGGUGUAGCUUCAAGCAGUUCCAGUCAAAGUCCAAGUUAUUCAGGUUGUCCUUGCUCCAGCUGCUCAGUCUCUAGUUGCCCAAGUUAUAUGAAUUCAAACUCCACUAACUCUGGUAUUUCAUCUCCAUCCACUUCGUCAUGUGUCACUAUAAGUUCAAUUUCGAGCGGAUCAAGUAUUAGCUCUAGCUGUUCUAGCAUAUCAGAGUCUAGCAGCUCAAGUAUCUCAUUCUACAAUUGUUCAAGUAGCCAGAGUUUCAGUAGUUGCAGUAGUUUGAGUUUAUUCAGUUCUGUGAGUUCAGGAAAAUUAGGAUCAAGAUCAGACAGCGAAUCCAGCAUCUCCUCCCUCUCUUGUUCUUCAAGUGUCAGCAUAAAAAGUUCAGCUUCAGGUAUUCCCAGUCUUAGUCCAAGUUAUUCAGCCCUUCCAUGCUCAAGUGGUUCAAAUAACUCAAUAUCAAGCAGCUCCACAAGCCCAAGUUUCUCCAUCUUCAGUAGUAUAAGUUCAAGCCUCAUUCCACCUAUCACUCCAAGCUUCACCAGCAGCUUAGAGAAUAGUUUGAGCUCAGAAUCAAAUAAUUUGCCUCCAUCUUCCUCUUUAGGGGCUAUUGCAAGUUCAAUUUCAAGUAGAUCAAGUAUUUGCUCUAGCAGUUCUAGAAUAUUAGAGUCUAGCAGCUCAAGUAUCUCAUUCUACAGUCGCUCAAGUAGCCAAAGUUUCAGUAGUUCCAGUAGUAUGAGUUUAUUCAGUUCCCUGAGUCCAAGUUGCAUCAGUUCAAGGGACUUAGAACCAAGAUCAGACAGCAGAUCCAGCAUGUCAUCCUUAUCUUGCUCUUCAAGUGUCAGCAUAAAAAGUUCUGUUCCAAGCGAAUCAAGUACUAUCUCUAGCUGUUCUAGCAUAUCAGAAUCUAGCAGCUCAAGUAUCUCAAGUAGCCAGAGUUUCAGUACUUCCAGUAGUUUGAGUUUAUUCAGUUCUGUGAGUUCAGAACAAAGAUCAAGAUCAGGCAGUGAAUCCAGCAUCACCUCCCUCUCUUGUUCUUCAAGUGUCAGCAUAAAAUGUUCAGCUUCACGCAUAUCCAGUCUUAGUCCAAGUUAUUCAGCCCUUCCAUGCUCCAGUCGUUCAAAUAAUGCAAUAUCUAGCAGCUUCACAAGCCCAAGUUUCUCCAUCUUCAGUAGUAUAAGUUCAAGCCUCAUUCCACCUAUCUUUCCAAGCUCUAUCAGCAGCUUAGAGAGUAGUUUGAGCUCAGAAUCAAGUAGUAUUGCCAGUGAUUUGCCUCCAUCUUCCUCUUCAAGUGCUAUUACAAGUUCAGUUUCAAGUGGAUCAAGUGUUAGCUCUAGUUGCUCAAGUAUAUCACUCAACAGUUGCUCAAGUAGCCAAAAGUUCAGCAGUUCCAGUAGUUUGAGUUUAUUCAGUUCCCUGAGUUCAAGUUGCAUUGGUUCAGGGGACUUAGAACCAAGUUCAGACAGCAGAUCUAGCAUCUCAUCCCUAUAUUGUUCUUCAAGUGUCAGCAUAAAAAGUUCAGUUUCGAGCGGAUCAAGUACUAUCCCUAGCUGUUCUAGCAUAUCAGAGUCUAGCAGCUCAAGUAUCUCAUUCUACAGUUGCUCAAGUAGCCAGAGUUUCAGUAGUUCCAGUAGUUUGAGUUUAUUCAGUUCUGUGAGUUCAGGAGAACAAAGAUCAAGAUCAAAUCGUGAAUCCAGCAUCUCAUCUCUAUCUUGUUCUUCAAGUUUCAGCAUAAAAUGUUCAGCUUCAGGUAUUCCCAGUCUUAGCACAAGUUACUCAUCCCUUCCAUGCUCCAGUGGUUCAAAUAACUCAAUCUCUAGCAGCUCCACAAGCCCAAGUUUCUCAAUCUUCAGUAGUAUAAGUUCAAGCCUCAUUCCACCUAUCACUCCAAGCUCUAUCAGCAGCUUAGAGGGUAGUUUGAGCUCAGAAUCAAGUAGUAUUGCUGGUAGUGUACCUCCUUCUUCCUCUUCAAAGGCUAUUACAAGUUCAGUUUCAAGUGGAUCAAGUAUUAGCUCUAGCUGUUCUAGUCUAUCAAAGUGUAGCUGCUCAAGUAUAUUACUGUACAGUUGCUCAAGUAGCCAAAGUUUCAGUAGUUCCAGUAGUUUAUUUAGUCCUCUGAGUUCAAGCUUCAUCAGUUCAGGGGACUUAGAACCAAGAUCAGAUAGCAAACCCAGCAUCUCAUCCCUAUCUUGUUCUUCAAGUGUCAACAUAAAAAGUUCAGUUUUGAGCGGAUCAAGUAUUAUCUCUAGCUGUUCUAGCAUAUCAGAGUCGAGCAGCUCAAGUAUCUCAUUCUACAGUUGCUUAAGUAGCGAGAGUUUCAGUAGUUCCAGUAGUUUGAGUUUAUUCAGUUCUGUGAGUUCAGAAGAACAAGGAUCAAGAUCAGACAGCGAAUCCAGCAUCUCCUCCCUUUCUUGUUCUUCAAGUGUCAGCAUAAAAUGUUCAGCUUCACCAUAUUCCAGUCUGAGUCCAAGUUAUUCAGCCCUUCCAUGCUCCAGUAGUUCAAAUAAUGCAAUAUCUAGCAGCUUCACAAGCCCAAGUUUCUCCAUCUUCAGUAGUAUAAGUUCAAGCCUCAUUCCACCUAUCACUCCAAGCUCUAUCAGCAGCUUAGAGAGUAGUUUGAGCUCGGAAUCAAGUAGUUUACCUCCAUCUUCCUCUUCAGGGGCUAUUACAAGUUCAAUUUCGAGUGGAUCAAGCAUUAGCUCUAGCUGUUCUAGUAUAUCAGAGUCUAGCAGCUCAAGUAUCUCAUUCUACAGUUGCUUAAGUAGCGAGAGUUUCAGUAGUUCCAGUAGUUUGAGUUUAUUCAGUUCUGUGAGUUCAGAAGAACAAGGAUCAAGAUCAGACAGCGAAUCCAGCAUCUCCUCCUCUCUUGUUCUUCAAGUUCUGAGUCCAAGUUAUUCAGCCCUUCCAUGCUCCAGUAGUUCAAAUAAUGCAAUAUCUAGCAGCUUCACAAGCCCAAGUUUCUCCAUCUUCAGUAGUAUAAGUUCAAGCCUCAUUCCACCUAUCACUCCAAGCUCUAUCAGCAGCUUAGAGAGUAGUUUGAGCUCGGAAUCAAGUAGUUUACUUCCAUCUUCCUCUUCAGGGGCUAUUACAAGUUCAAUUUCAAGUGGAUCAAGUAUUAGCUCUAACUGUUCUAGUAUAUCAGGGUCUAGCUGCUCAAGUAUAUCACUCUACAGUUGCUCAAGUAGCCAGAGUUUCAAUAGUUCCAGUAGUUUGAGUUUAUUUAGUCCUCUGAGUUCAAGCUUGAUCAGUUCAGGGAACUUAGAACCAAGAUCAGACAGCAAACCCAGCAUCUCAUCCCUAUCUUGUUCUUCAAGUGUCAACAUAAAAAGUUCAGUUUCGAGUGGAUCAAGUAUUAUCUCUAGCUGUUCUAGCAUAUCAGAGUCUAGCAGCUCAAGUAUCUCAUUCUACAGUUGCUUAAGUAGCGAGAGUUUCAGUAGUUCCAGUAGUUUGAGUUUAUUCAGUUCUGUGAGUUCAGAAGAACAAGGUUCAAGAUCAGACAGCGAAUCCAGCAUCUCCUCCCUUUCUUGUUCUUCAAGUGUCAGCAUAAAAUGUUCAGCUUCACCUAUUUCCAGUCUGAGUCCAAGUUAUUCAGCCCUUCCAUGCUCCAGUAGUUCAAAUAAUGCAAUAUCUAGCAGCUUCACAAGCCCAAGUUUCUCCAUCUUCAGUAGUAUAAGUUCAAGCCUCAUUCCACCUAUCACUCCAAGCUCUAUCAGCAGCUUAGAGAGUAGUUUGAGCUCGGAAUCAAGUAGUUUACCUCCAUCUUCCUCUUCAGGGGCUAUUACAAGUAAUGUUCCUUCACUUUGUGAUUAUAAAGGUGACACCAACACAACAGUUCAAUUUCGAGUGGAUCAAGUAUUAGCUCUAGCUGUUCUAGCAUAUCAGAGUCUAGCAGCUCAAUCCAAGUUAUUCAGCCCUUCCAUGCUGCUGUGGUUCAAAUCAAUAUCUAGCAGCUUCACAAGCCCAAGUUUCUCCAUCUUCAGUAGUAUAAGUUCAAGCCUCAUUCCACCUAUCACUCCAAGCUCUAUCAGCAGCUUAGAGAGUAGUUUGAGCUCGGAAUCAAGUAGCAUUGCCAGUAGUGUACCUCCAUCUUCCUCUUCAAGGGCUAUUACAAGUUCAGUUUCGAGUGGAUCAAGUAUUAGCUCUAACUGUUCUAGUAUAUCAGAGUCUAGCUGCUCAAGUAUAUCACUCUACAGUUGCUCAAGUAGCCAAAGUUUCAGUAGUUCCAGUAGUUUGAGUUUAUUUAGUCCUCUGAGUUCAAGCUUCAUCAGUUCAGGGGACUUAGAACCAAGAUCAGACAGCAAACCCAGCAUCUCAUCCCUAUCUUGUUCUUCAAGUGUCAACAUAAAAAGUUCAGUUUUGAGCGGAUCAAGUAUUAUCUCUAGCUGUUCUAGCAUAUCAGAGUCUAGCAGCUCAAGUAUCUCAUUCUACAGUUGCUUAAGUAGCGAGAGUUUCAGUAGUUCCAGUAGUUUGAGUUUAUUCAGUUCUGUGAGUUCAGAAGAACAAGGAUCAAGAUCAGACAGCGAAUCCAGCAUCUCCUCCCUCUCUUGUUCUUCAAGUGUCAGCAUAAAAUGUUCAGCUUCACCUAUUUCCAGUCUGAGUCCAAGUUAUUCAGCCCUUCCAUGCUCCAGUUGUUCAAAUAAUGCAAUAUCUAGCAGCUUCACAAGCCCAAGUUUCUCCAUCUUCAGUAGUAUAAGUUCAAGCCUCAUUCCACCUAUCACUCCAAGCUCUAUCAGCAGCUUAGAGAGUAGUUUGAGCUCGGAAUCAAGUAGUUUACCUCCAUCUUCCUCUUCAGGGGCUAUUACAAGUUCAAUUUCAAGUGGAUCAAGUAUUAGCUCUAACUGUUCUAGUAUAUCAGGGUCUAGCUGCUCAAGUAUAUCACUCUACAGUUGCUCAAGUAGCCAGAGUUUCAAUAGUUCCAGUAGUUUGAGUUUAUUUAGUCCUCCGAGUUCAAGCUUCAUCAGUUCAGGGAACUUAGAACCAAGAUCAGACAGCAAACCCAGCAUCUCAUCCCUAUCUUGUUCUUCAAGUGUCAACAUAAAAAGUUCAGUUUCGAGUGGAUCAAGUAUUAUCUCUAGCUGUUCUAGCAUAUCAGAGUCUAGCAGCUCAAGUAUCUCAUUCUACAGUUGCUUAAGUAGCGAGAGUUUCAGUAGUUCCAGUAGUUUGAGUUUAUUCAGUUCUGUGAGUUCAGAAGAACAAGGAUCAAGAUCAGACAGCGAAUCCAGCAUCUCCUCCCUCUCUUGUUCUUCAAGUGUCAGCAUAAAAUGUUCAGCUUCACAUAUUUCCAGUCUGAGUCCAAGUUAUUCAGCCCUUCCAUGCUCCAGUAGUUCAAAUAAUGCAAUAUCUAGCAGCUUCACAAGCCCAAGUUUCUCCAUCUUCAGUAGUAUAAGUUCAAGCCUCAUUCCACCUAUCACUCCAAGCUCUAUCAGCAGCUUAGAGAGUAGUUUGAGCUCGGAAUCAAGUAGUUUACCUCCAUCUUCCUCUUCAGGGGCUAUUACAAGUUCAAUUUCGAGUGGAUCAAGUAUUAGCUCUAACUGUUCUAGUAUAUCAGAGUCUAGCUGCUCAAGUAUAUCACUCUACAGUUGCUCAAGUAGCCAGAGUUUCAGUAGUUCCAGUAGUUUGAGUUUAUUUAGUCCUCUGAGUUCAAGCUUGAUCAGUUCAGGGGACUUAGAACCAAGAUCAGACAGCAAACCCAGCAUCUCAUCCCUAUCUUGUUCUUCAAGUGUCAACAUAAAAAGUUCAGUUUCGAGUGGAUCAAGUAUUAUCUCUAGCUGUUCUAGCAUAUCAGAGUCUAGCAGCUCAAGUAUCUCAUUCUACAGUUGCUUAAGUAACGAGAGUUUCAGUAGUUCCAGUAGUUUGAGUUUAUUCAGUUCUGUGAGUUCAGAAGAACAAGGAUCAAGAUCAGACAGCGAAUCCAGCAUCUCCUCCCUCUCUUGUUCUUCAAGUGUCAGCAUAAAAUGUUCAGCUUCAGGUAUUUCCAGUCUGAGUCCAAAUUAUUCAGCCCUUCCAUGCUCCAGUUGUUCAAAUAAUGCAAUAUCUAGCAGCUUCACAAGCCCAAGUUUCUCCAUCUUCAGUAGUAUAAGUUCAAGCCUCAUUCCACCUAUCACUCCAAGCUCUAUCAGCAGCUUAAAGAGUAGUUUGAGCUCGGAAUCAAGUAGUUUACCUCCAUCUUCCUCUUCAGGGGCUAUUACAAGUUCAAUUUCGAGUGGAUCAAGCAUUAUCUCUAACUGUUCUAGUAUAUCAGAGUCUAGCUGCUCAAGUAUAUCACUCUACAGUUGCUCAAGUAGCCAGAGUUUCAGUAGUUCCAGUAGUUUGAGUUUAUUUAGUCCUCUGAGUUCAAGCUUGAUCAGUUCAGGGGACUUAGAACCAAGAUCAGACAGCAAACCCAGUAUCUCAUCCCUAUCUUGUUCUUCAAGUGUCAACAUAAAAAGUUCAGUUUUGAGCGGAUCAAGUAUUAUCUCUAGCUGUUGUAGCAUAUCAGAGUCUAGCAGCUCAAGUAUCUCAUUCUACAGUUGCUUAAGUAGCGAGAGUUUCAGUAGUUCCAGUAGUUUGAGUUUAUUCAGUUCUGUGAGUUCAGAAGAACAAGGAUCAAGAUCAGACAGCGAAUCCAGCAUCUCCUCCCUCUCUUGUUCUUCAAGUGUCAGCAUAAAAUGUUCAGCUUCACAUCUUUCCAGUCUGAGUCCAACUUAUUCAGCCCUUCCAUGCUCCAGUAGUUCAAAUAAUGUAAUAUCUAGCAGCUUCACAAGCCCAAGUUUCUCCGUCUUCAGUAGUAUAAGUUCAAGCCUCAUUCCACCUAUCACUCCAAGCUCUAUCAGCAGCUUAGAGAGUAGUUUGAGCCAAGAACUAAGUAGUGUUGCCAGUAGUUUACCUCCAUCCUCCUCUUCAAGUGCCAUUACAAGUUCAGUUUCAAGUAUUGGCUCUACCUGUUCUAGUAUAUCAGAGUGUAGCAGCUCAAGUACCUCAUUCUACAGUUGUUCAAGUAUCAGUUGUUCCAGUAGCUUGAGUUUAUUCAGUUCAAGCUGCAUCAGUUCAGAUUAUUUAGAACCAAGAUCAGGCAGCAGAUUGAGUAUCUCGUCCCUAUCUUGUUCUUCAAGUGUCAGCAUAAAAAGUUCUACUUCAGACAUUCCCAGUCUUAGUCGAAGUUGUUCAGCCUUUCCAUGCUCCAGUGGUUCAAAUAACUCAAUUCCUAGAACCUACACAAGCCCAAGUUUCUCAAUCUUCAGUAGCAUAAGUUCAAGCUUCAUUCCACCUAUCACUCCAAGCUCUAUCAGCAGCUUAGAGAGUAGUUUGAGAUCAAGUUCAGUUUCCAGUGGCCCAAGUGUUAGCCAUAGCUGUUCUAGCAUAUCAGAGUCUAGCAGCUCAAGUAUCUCAUUCUACAGUUGCUCAAGUAGCCAAAGUUUCAGUAGUUCCAGUAGUUUAAGUUUAUUCAGUUCUGAAAGUUCGAACUGUGUCAGUUCAAAGGACUUGGAGACAAGAUCAGACAGCAGAUCCAGCAUCACAUCCCUAUCUUGUUCUUCAAGUGUUAGCAUAAAAAGCAUUCCCACUCUAAGUCCAAGUUAUUCAGCUCUUCCAUGCUCCAGUGGUUCAAAUAACUCAACCUCUACAAGCUUCAGAAUCCCAAGUUUCUCAAUCUUCAGUAGUAUCAGUUCAAGCCUUAUUCUGCCUAUCACUCCAAGCUCCAUCAGCAGCUUAGAGAGUCAUUCAAGCUUAGAAUCAAGUAGCAUUUCUAGUAUUAUACCUCUCUCCUCCUCAUCAAGUGCCAUCACAAGUUCAGUUUCAAGUGGGACAAGCCUUAGCUGUUCUAGCAUAUCAAUGUCUAGCAGCUCAAGUGUCUCAUUCUACAGUUGUUCAAGUAGCCAGAGUUUCAGUUGUUCCAGCAGUUUGAGUUUAUUCAGUUCUGAGAGUUCAAGCUAUGUCAAUUCAGUGGAAUUAGAAGCAAGCAGAUCCAGCAUCUCAUCCUUAUCUUGUUCUUCGAGUGUCAGCAUAAAAAGUUCAGUCUCAAGCCUUUCUUCUGCCUGCAUUCCAAUUUCACCAAGUUUAUUAAGCUCUAGUUGCUCAGAAAGUACAGCUCCCAGUAGUUACAGAAGUUCUGGUACUACAAGUUCCUGCAGUUCUAAUGAUUUCAGCUUAAAUAGCCCAAGUUCUUGCAGUCCAGAAUUCUCCAGCAUAUAUAGCCUUGGCAGUUCUUGUAGUUCAGGCUUCCACAGUGACAGUCUUUCACCUUCCAUGAGUGUUUAUAGUAUCAGUAACUCAAGCUACUCAAGAGCCAGUUCCUCUAGAAGCUAUAGGUCAAGCUCAAGUAUCCAGGGAUACUCCAGUAUCUCAAGCUAUAUUAGUUCCUGUAGUUCAGGUUCCCAUCAUAUCAGCUUUUCACCUAGCAUGAAACUCCAGAGUUCCAGUGAUUCAGGUUCAAGAAGUUUCAUUUCUUCUGGAUGCUUGAGUCCUGGAAUAUCUCUUUCAUGCUCUUCAAGCAUCAGCAUAUUGUGUUCAAGGAGUCUGGAAUCCACUAGUAUAUCAAGCUUGAUUAGCUCUUUUAGUUCAGGCAGUCUUCAAGCUCCAUUGAGUAUCAAUAAUGAUAGUGACUCAAGUCGAAGGAGUUUUAUAUCCUCCAGCUGCUCAAGAGCUAGUUCCUAUCACAGCCAUAGAUCAAGUUCAAGCAACCCAGAAUAUUACAAUAUCUCAAGCUUUCUUAGUUCCUGUAGUUCAGGCUUCCUUCAGGACAACUUUUCACCUAGCUUGAAACUCCAGAGUUCCAGUGAUUCAGGUUCAAGAAGUUUUAUUCCUUCAGGAUGCUCGAGUCCAGGAAUAUCUCUUUCAUGCUCUUCAAGCAUCAGCAUAUUUUGUUCACUCAAACCAGAAUACUCCAGUAUCUCAAGUUUUAUUAGUUCCUCUAGUUCAGGCUCCCCUCAUGACGGCUUGAAACCCCAGAGUUCCAGUGAUUUGGGUUCAAGAAGUCUUAUUUCUUCAAGCUCUUCUAGUCCAGACAUAUCUCUUUCAUGCUCUUCAAGUAUCAGUAUAUUGUGUUCAAGUAGCCCAGAGUACUCCAGUAUAACAAGCUUCAUUAGUUCUUGUAGUUCAGCCUCCCAUAUUGGCAGUCUUCCCUCUAGCUUGGGUUUCUAUAAUGCCAGUACCUCGGGCCGAGGGAGUUAUAUAGCCUCAAGCGGCUCAAGGGCCAGUUCCUCUUGCAGCCAUAGACCAAGUAUAUCAGCCUCCUCUUCAUCAAGUUUCAGCAUACUAU